AUGUUUGGGGCGCUAAAUCGAUUCAUCUCAAGGCUAGACGCCGAGCCUGUCCCCCGUCAGACUGAUGCCGGGCCUCAGGAUUCGUCGUACGGCUUUCAAGUGCUCCGGAAUGUAAACAAAGAACUACCUCUAGAGCCAUGGUUUGACUUUGUUAUUGGUAUCAACGGACACUAUCUUGACUCGCCGGAUCCCAAUCUAUUCGCGACCGAGAUACGAAACUGCGCUGGCGGCCACUGCUCUCUUGACGUAUGGAGCGCGAAGGGCCAAAGAACACAUUCGCUCACUAUCAGCGUCCCAAGUUCCUCGGAAAGCCUUGGUUUGAGCCUCCAACUCGCACCACUGAACUCCACCCAAAAUAUCUGGCAUGUGCUCAACAUUCCCUCCCCACUCUCCCCUGCUCACCAGGCCGGCCUUCUACCACACAGCGACUACAUUCUGGGCUCGCCAAGCGGAACGCUAAAAGGAGAAGGAGCCUUAGGGGAAUUGGUGGAAGACCAUCUAAAUCGAAGCUUGGUACUAUGGGUUUACAACUCGGAGUUCGAUGUGGUGAGAGAAGUUGAACUCGUUCCUGCAAGAGGAUGGGGCGGAGAAGGGGCACUAGGCGCAGUCCUCGGGUUUGGUGCUCUGCAUCGACUUCCUGUUGGUCUUGGGGAGGAGGUCCAGGCUCCGGGUGAGAAUAUGUUUGACGCAGAUAUGAAGAGUCUGGGGAAUGGGCAACCUGACUACUCAGCAAAUUCUUUUCAGCCGGCUCCUGCUCCUGUCCUGACACCACCACCCAUGAUCAACCCCAACAUCGCACCUCCACCAUUGAUGAAUCCGAAUGCACCUCCACCUAUCUCUUCAAACCCGCCAAGGGGAAGGAAAGCGAAACACCAUGGUGCGCUAGCCGGCUUUGACGAUAUGUUUGCUGAAGGCGCGAAGAAGAGUGCCGAACAAGAUCUUGUGCCAUCAAGGAAGGGCACUCCUCUUGCACCGCCGCCAAGAGUCGGUUCUGCGGCUGUCUCACCCCACUCUGUGACGCAAGAGAAGCAAGAUCCAGCAGAUGACCUAGGUGAGCCUGGUGAGGCUGAAGAGAGUUGA